AUGAAUGUUAGUAAGAUUGUAGCUCGAGGAAUCAAGAGCCCGUGUAGUGUGUUUUCCCGAUAUUUUCAGAAUUCUUCAGCAAACAUGGUUCAGGUUGGUGAUGCAGUUCCAAGUGUAGACCUAUACGAAGAUGUUCCAACAAAUAAGGUGAAUUUGGCAAAGUUGUCUUCUGGCAAGAAGAUCAUUCUAUUUGCAGUACCUGGAGCCUUCACGCCAGGUUGUUCAAAGACCCACCUUCCCGGCUACGUGAAGAAAGCCGACGACCUGAAGUCCCAAGGCAUCGACGAGAUCGUCUGCGUGUCCGUCAACGAUCCCUUCGUGAUGGCCGCCUGGGGCCGCGACCAGAACACGGCCGGCAAGAUCCGGCUGUUGGCCGACCCCUCGGCCGCCCUGGCCAAGGCCCUGGACUUGUCGGUGGAUAUUGCUCCGCUAGGUGGCGUGAGGAGCAAGCGGUACUCGAUGGUAAUUGCCGAUGGGAAGAUCGAGUCGUUGCAGGUGGAGCCUGACGGUACCGGGCUGUCUUGCUCGUUGGCCGAGGCUAUCAAGUUGUAGAUUUAAGGGCGAAAAGGUUUGAUUUUGUCUGGUGGGCUUUUUGA